AUGGCGGCGGAGGACCAGGCGGCGGUGCCGCGGGUGGUCUCGAUCCUGUCGGCGCUGCUGGAGCGCGUGGCCAAGCGCAACGACGUCGUCGCGGCGGUGGAGCGGCGCAUACGGGACGUGGAGGAGCAGGAGGAGCAGGACGAUCAAGGAGAAGACGGCAAGGAGACGACGACGACAACGACGACAAAGAAGACGGCGGUGUCGGCGUUCCAGGGGCUGACGAAGCCGGCCAUCUCCGUCGGCGGCUACCUGGAGCGCAUCUUCCGGUUCGCCGGCUGCAGCCCCUCCUGCUACGUGGUGGCCUACAUCUACCUCGACCGCUUCCUGCGCCGCCGCCCCGCCCUCGCCGUCGACUCCUUCAACGUCCACCGCCUCGUCAUCACCUCCGUCCUCACCGCCGUCAAGUUCGUCGAUGACAUAUGCUACAACAACGCCUACUUCGCGAGGGUGGGGGGGAUCAGCCUCAUGGAGAUGAACUACCUGGAGGUGGACUUCCUCUUCGGCAUCGCCUUCGACCUCAACGUCACGCCCGCCGUCUUCGCCUCCUACUGCGCCGUGCUGCAGACCGAGAUGGCCUACCUCGAGCACCCGCCGCACCGCCGCCGCCGCCGCCGCCGCUGCCAAGUCCGGCUGCCACCGACACCAGCAGCAGCUCACCGUCUGAUCGAUGGAGCUCUUCCCCUCUCUCUCUUUUUUGUCCCUGCGGUGUCAACUGUCAUGUGUUGGGACAAAAUCGGCCUCACCGGAAUGCGGCGGAAAAUGACGGCCAAGGGUUUAUUUGCUUCGCAGGAGACUGAGUAG